AUUGUCAGACGUGAUGUCGUCGUUUGUGGGCGAUUGUGUUUUUUCUGUGAAAAAAUGAGUCGAAACUCGCCUGUUUUGCCGUGAAAAUAGUGUGAAAAGCAUCAAGGAAAGUCAAGGAAUAUCUUCCGCUUGCUCGAUUCAAAGUGCGCUACGUGAUGCCGUCUGCAAGACUGUCGCUGCGCGAGGAGGACGUGGUGCGUCUGAUGCUGGAGUUCCUCAGCAAUCGGGAGUUGAAUAUUACGCAGUUGUCGCUGGAGCGAGAGACGGGCGUUAUCAAUGGCCUCUACUCCGACGAUGUGCUCUUCCUGCGUCAGCUCAUCCUCGACGGCCAGUGGGACGAUGUGCUGGAGUUCAUUCAGCCCCUCGAGGCGCUUCAGGCGUUCGACAUGAAGCACUUUCAGUACACAAUAUUGCGCUACAAGUACAUCGAACUGCUGUGCAUCAAGUCCGAGGCGGGCGGCGGUGCUGCGAUCAUGGGAUCGAUGGAUGGGGCCGUGGAGGAGGUGGUGCAGGUGCUGGCGCAGCUGGAGAAGCUGGCGCCGUCCAAGGAUGAGUACUCUGGACUGUGCAUGCUGCUGCAAUUGCCACGCUUAGGCGAUCACAUGCUGUAUCGCGACUGGAAUCCCAGCAAGGCGCGAAUUCAGUGCUUCCGCGAGGUGUUUCCGCUCGUGGACAGAUUCCUGCCCAGUGACAAGAAGGGUGUUCAGAAUCUUGCCGCCAAGAAUGAUCGACUCGUGCAGCUGGUGAUCAAGGGUGUGCUGUAUGAGUCGUGCGUGAACUACUGCCAGGCGAAGGCCACGGGGGCGACGGAUGGGAGUGGUGGACAGGAGAUGACCUUCUCCAAGCUGCUGGAUGGCUCGGUGGGCUUCAAUGACAGCGAUUUGUCACUCCUCAGCUGGCUGCAGAGCAUCCCAAUGGAGACAUUCUCGGUGCCGUUUGAGCAGCGCACGCUGAAUGUGGAUGUGGAGCGACUGGAGCGUCCGUCGCUGGAGACAUCAUGGACUGAACAUAUGCUGAUCACACCCAUUAAGCCCAAGACCUUCCCGCACAGCGUCAUGCCGUUCACGAGGCCGCGCAGUGCGGCGGAUAUCAUGACGAGGAGCCUCUUGCCGACGCUGGACGGGAGCGGCGGGGCUUUUGGUGGUGCAAAUGGCAAUCCAGAUGCUGGCCAGAUGUCACGCUCGAGCUUCGCCAGCUUUCACUUGACGGGCAUCAAGCCCAGCUCGGGGAAACUCAUGACGAGCAGCGUGGAUAGACUGUUUGAGAAUGACGGAGAGGUUUUCCUCAGCAGCAACUACAAUGAUUUCCAGGGCCUGCCGUCGAUUCAGGAGGCUCCGUCGGCGCAGUCAAAGUCACCGGAGCUGGGAAAGGCGAUUGACGAGAGCACUGCUGGACGAGACAGUCCCAACACAGCUACAUCGACGGCCAAGAGUUCCCGAAGGGAUUCCCUGAGUGAAAAAGUCGUGCAUCACGAUCUUCACGCGCUGCCCAAUCAGCCACAUCCGACUGCAUCAGCCGCUGCUCAUCCGCCUCGCGGGGCGACGCCGCCGCAAGUCACGGAGGUCAUCAAGAAAACGUUACCAGAGAAUGCUGCAGCUCAGGGUGGUGGUGAGUUGUUUGAGAAGUUCCAGAGGCAAAAGAUGAGCAAAGAACAGAGUGGUGUCAACAAUAAUGGAGACAGCACAAAAUCCACAAGCAGUCAGCAAAAUGGUCAGGAAGGCAGUGCAAUGAAGCUCCAAAGUCAGCCUGAGAGUCAUCAGAAUGGGAAUGGCGUUGUGCCGAGUCAGGAGGAAGAUCCUCUUCAAGUGAACGAAGCUCGCCCCAAAUUUGUCGCUGUCACAAGUCUUGAAGAUGUUCAGGCCGUUCGAUGUGCAGAAUUCCAUCCCAACGGCAAGGUUUACGCCGUUGGAUCCAAUUCCAAGACAUUCCGCAUCUGCGAGUAUCCAGUUUUGGGGGAAAUUCGGGAGGAGCACACAACAUACCAGCCCACGGUCCUGUUCAAGCGCACGAAGCACCACAAGGGAUCCAUUUACUGCAUGGCGUGGUCGCCGCAGGGCGACCUCGUGGCCACGGGCUCCAAUGACAAGACUGUGAAGCUGAUGCGGUACAAUGAGGUGCAGCAGCAGCUGGAGGGGCGCGAAGUGGAGCUGACCAUGCACGAUGGCACCGUGAGGGAUCUGUGCUUCAUCGAGGACAGCACCAAUAAGGCCAGUUUGCUGAUCAGCGCGGGUGCGGGCGAUUGCAAGAUCUACGUCACGGAUUGCGUCACUUCCACGCCCUUCCAGGCGCUCAGCGGCCACGGAGGUCACGUGUUGUCCCUGUUCAAUUGGGGUGGUGCUAUGUUUGUCUCCGGAUCGCAGGAUAAAACCGUGAGAUUCUGGGAUCUGAGGACGAGAGGAUGUGUAAAUAUGGUGACACCGGCUACAGCUCCCGGCUCAAGGCAGGGAUCACCAGUUGCGGCGGUGUGUGUGGAUCCGUCAGGGCGUCUCUUGGUGUCUGGACAUGAGGAUAGUUCGUGUGUGCUGUACGACAUCCGGGGAAAUCGGCCGAUUCAGUGUUUCAAGCCACACGCGGCGGACAUUAGAUCCAUUCGAUUCUCCCCGUCAGCGUAUUAUCUGCUCACGGGCGGGUAUGACAAUAAGCUGGUGCUGACGGAUCUGCAGGGUGAUCUGACGAUGCCUCUGCCGUCGGUGGUUGUGGCUCAGCACACGGACAAGGUGAUUUCCGGGCGAUGGCAUCCCACGGACUUCUCCUUCUUGUCCACGUCGGCCGACAAGACGGCCACCCUGUGGGCGCUGCCGCCCAUCUAAUUACUCGCGCGAUUGCAGAAAAGGUGCAUUAACAUUAAUCCCCGUCGCUGUCCUUAUUCCCUCCCCCCCUCUUUUGUGUAUCUCUUGUUGAUUUCACGGUCGUUUUCUAUUUUUUAUUUGUAAUUUAUUAACUUAACAUUACUCGUUCAUGUUCUUUUCCCUCACUCUCACUCUCACUUGGUGCGCACACACGAUGGAGUGGAAAAUUAUUUUUACAUUAUCAUUCAUUCGCUAAUUUAUUAAAAAACGAAAAAAACACCCCCUUUUGUGGCAUUUUUUCUACUGUGCUAAUGACGGCAUUUGUGUGAGUGCAGCACCGAGAGUGGGGGAGGAUUUAUUAGAGAAAAUGCGCACACAUUUUCUCCCAUUCUAUUGUACAUUGACAUGUUUUUUUAUCUAAGUGCAAGUCACCCUCUUAUUAUUACUCCCUUUCUCAUAUAAUAUGAUUAUAGAGUGGACAAAAAGAGAAUCAAAAUGAAGAAAAACAUUACUAUUUUAUGAAGAGAAAAUGUAUUGAUGAUGAAGAGAAAACCUUUCUUAUUAAUCAUUGACAAUGGAAGGAUAAAAGAGAGAGAAAUGUGUAAACUAUUUGAAAAAAAAGGAUUAAUAACGUGUUGUAGUUUUUUAAUAUUUAAAACAAUAUUAAAGAAAGGUAAGAGAAAAGUAGAUACAGAAAAUAUACUCAAAAUAUAUAAUUUCUGAUAUUGGAAAAGUGCUUCUGUUGGAAAAAAAAAUGCUGUUCAUAUUAUGCUGAAAGAAAGAAAUUCAAUUGUAAUGAAAAGGAGGAGUUUUUUUUUGUGUAAAGAUAAUUUGGCAAGAGUCAUGCGGAAAAACUGAUUCAUUUUAUAGACAUUGUAAUAAUGACAAUUUAUACGUACUAAUGGUAUUUGUCGGUGUAUUUUUCCAAACACACUCACCCAAGCAACACAAAUAAAAACUGACAAGAUUUACUAUACUAA